AUGUCGAAUGAAAGCAGCUCCAAUCUGUGGCCAUCCUUGCGGCGUGACCUCGAAGACUUGCAGCGGCGCUUGGAAACCGCUGAUGCUGGUAUCUUGAGUGAGCUGACAGAACAACUCCGCCGCAUCAAGGCAGCCCUGCUUUCAGUGCAAGGAGAAACUUCGCCGCUGCCGGAUUCCUAUGUUGCAAGUUUCAACAUGUUCAACAGUUUCAACCAACUCAGCAUAAAGGUUCUGAUGGAGUCCCACUCGUGCCCUGAAUGUGGCAGCGCGGAGCAUGUCGUGGCUUCGAAGUCCGCUCUCCAGUGCCGGUCAUGUGGCAUUUCGAGAUGCAAGCACUGCAAGAAUAUGUGGAAUGUGGACCACCGAUGCGCUACUUCUGUGGCGUUGUCGAGCUCUUGGGACAACUUCAAAGACUUGGCAGUAUACGAGAUGCAGCUGAAGCCUAUGGGCUUCAAGCGCUGCCCAUCCUGCCAACUUGCCUGCGAGAAGCAGGCUCACGACAACAGCUACCACCACAAGCGCUGUCAGUUCUACGAGCCUUGCAAUGAACCACCGAAGCUGGAGAAGAAUUGCCCCGUUUGCCAGGCAACUGGAGUGCCUUGUCUGCGGCCUCCCCAGGCGCAUGCAGCAAGGAGAGCAGAGAUCAACCAACGAGCACUUGGCCUAGAAGUGAAGCACUUGAGAGAGUUCUUGGAGCAAAGCGACGGAGCUCUCGUCACUGAAAGGACAGAGGCAGUGCAGCGGCCGGAGAACCCGUUCAACCUGGAGGCGCUUUCACAAAUGUUUUGUGGUGGCCCGCUGGCAUCCUGCUGCCGUGUGCUGAAUUCUGAUCCGCCCGCCGUGCGCCGAUGA